CGAGCACAUCUAAAACUGGCACAUCUAUUCGAUAUACAUAUACAGCUGCGAGUGUUUCUGUCGCUUCGACAUUGAAUCCAUUGAAUCCGUAUCGCUGACAGCAUGCGGGCAAUCGAGCGAAUAAGAGAUUCACUCUGCGAGCAAAAGAUUGUUGGAGUACGAGCUUGACGCCGAACGUGCGAGGGGGCCCGAAACGCAAUGACGUCAAUUUAGCAUGAGAAAACGCCAAAGUAGUGAGAUUAUCGAAUUUGUUGACUUUACCAGCAUCUGUCUACUCCCACAAAUAUAAAUCAUGAAAAUUAAUUACAAGCAACUGCCUAUAAAGGCGCAUUAUUUCUUUUUUAUGGCGGCUAUGGGUCCCAUUUUGCCAUUUCUGCCAGUUUACGGCAAGCAACUCGGUGUUUCGCCAUUAAUUAUGGGUAGUAUCACCGCAAUUUUGCCUAUUUUGUUUCUGAUCGCAAAACCAGCCUUCGGCUUCGUCGUGGACUAUUUUCGCACCUGGAGAAAAUUGAUAUUUAUAGUGUUGCUUGCCGUAACAAGUAGCUGCUAUAUUUUUAUGUACUUUUUACCAGCCUUGCCCGGCCCAUUGCUUCCAGAUCAUCAGUUCCAAAAUGCUUCCUGUGCGUCUUUAUCGCCUUGUGAUAUGGACUAUCAUGCCUCAGCAAUGGCAUUAUGUAACGGUACAAAAGACACUACGUGUCAUUGGGUGUGCAAGGAUACAAAUUUUUCUACGAAAUUAUCUUUUAAUGCAAUUAAAAAGGAAGCUGUCAUUUCGCCAAAUACCACAUGCUUAUUAAACAUCAAUGAGACAUUAUCGUGUCAAAACGAUGUAACAAAGAUUUCUAACUGUAAUGUUACUUGUGAUGAAUUCGAAGAUAAUAAUUGUCUAUAUACAUCAAUUACUUUCUGGGGAUUCGUAUUGUUGAUGUCUCUUGGUAACAUCGGUUUCAAUGUUUCCAAUUGCAUAAGCGAUGCAAUUUGCUUUGACGUAUUGGGUGAAGGUGGGCAAAUGGGGUACGGUAGACAGCGAGUAUGGGGUACAAUUGGUUUCGGUAUAGCAGCAUUUUUAGCUGGGUACACAGUAGAUUUGUGGUCACAAGGGGAAAUCUACAAAACUUACACACCGGCGUUUUUCCUUGUGCUCAUAUUUACUUUUAUAGAUUUGAUUUGUUGCAGAAAAUUGGAGUUACCGCUUAUGUCAGGAUCGUCGAGCAUAUUAAAAGACACAUACUCCCUUUUGAAAUUGAAACCUAUCGUUAUAUUUCUAUGUUUUGCUACUCUUGCGGGAAUCCUUGACAGCUUUAUGAUUUACUUUUUAUUCUGGUAUUUGGAAGAUCUUGCUAUGGCAACUGGAUAUAUGGGAGAAAUUAAAUUGAUAGAAGGUCUAACUGUAGCCGCAGAAACUCUCGGUGGAGAAAUAAUAUUCUUCUCCCUGUCUGGCAAAAUAUUGAAGAAAUUUGGAUACGGUUAUACCUUUACAUUUUGUUUUGUAUGUUACGCGCUACGGAUGGGAUUAAUAUCUCUUGCUCCAACGCCAUGGUGGGUACUUCCGGUAGAAUUUUUCAUGCAAGGGCCAACAUAUGCGCUUUGUUAUACAACAAUAGUGGCAUACGCGAGCGCAGUAUCACCGCCCGGUACAUCAGCUACUGUUCAAGGAAUUGUGGCGGGAAUGGAUGACGGUUUAGGUUAUGCACUCGGUAGUUUGAUUGGAGGUAUUUUAUAUAAAAAAGUUGGUGGCGCAACAACUUUAAGAAUAUUAUCAGGACUCUCAGCAUUUUCUGCAUUUAUGUAUUUAAUUCUUCACAUUUUGUACUUAAAGCAUAAAACACCAGAUACACGAAAUAAUGUUGAAUGGAGAAAACCUGAAGAUGCACAGAGACACUGUGCUGUGGCAGAAUAAUUGUAUAUAUCUUUAUUUUAAAUUAUAGAAAAUGAUGUUCAAUUUCACAUACAUACAUAAUAUUUUUUUAAGAUAUAUUUAAAAAAGGUAUACAUAUUUUAAAAUAAAAAGUUGAAGGUAAGCUAUAUUAUAAAUAUUAAAA